CCAAGUUAGAGUUCGUACGCCGUGCUGUUCAAUCGCAAAUCGAAAUGUCGCGUCUGAUCAAUCUAUCCGUUCUGCUCCUUAUCGGUCUGGUGUGCCUGGGAGCCGCCUUUGCCAAGCCGCACGAGGAGAUGACCAAGGACCAUGCCACCGAGCUGGCCAACGAAUGCAAGGCUGAGACGGGCGCCACCGAUGAGGAUGUGGAGCAUAUGAUGAAUCACGAGGCGGCCGAAAGCCAUAAGGGCAAGUGCCUGCGCGCCUGCGUGCUGAAGAAGUUCCAGAUUAUGGAUGACUCCGGCAAGGUGAACAAGGAGCAUGCCGUGGAAAUGGUCAAGGCCUUGGCCAAGCACGAUGCCGAGAAGGAGGAUGCCGCCACCGAGGUAGCGGAUAAGUGCGAGGCCAUCGAGGCAUCUGAGGAUCAUUGCGACGCUGCUGUCGCCUUUGAGACAUGCAUUUACGAGCAAAUGAAGGAGCACGGUCUGGAGCUGGAGGAACACUGAAAACUGACUUGAGACCCAUGCUGAACCCCGUUACUGAAUCACAAGCGCCCCCAAAUGGAAUACAACCAUCUACUUUUUUUUUAUGUGUAUACUAUGAUUAGUCCGUAAGUAAUUGAUAAAGUGAGAAACUGCAAAAGAAAAAAUGGUUAUUGAAUGGAAUGAGUUAGGAGGAAAAGGACUUAUCUUGAGUACAAGAUAACCUCAUGAGAUCCGAUCCCAAAAUAUAGCUCUAUUUCGUUGUUCAGCUUA